AUUAUGAUGUAAGCUACAAAUGACGUUAUGCAUGGGACCCGGAAAUCGCUAGCUAGCUAGCUUGCAGUGAACUGGAAUUCACACAAGAUUAAGAAGGCGUUCAGCGAUCGCCUAUAUUCAGUUGAGAACUAAAAACAAAUCAAGUUCUCACUUCAAUACAGAUUCGUCUACUCGCGUUUACACUAGUUCUAGUAACUCGUAAGACGUUAAUUUUCGCACCAAUUUCCACAUUGGAAUCACCAAUUGACUCAUCAGGGGGGGUUGGAAGAACACACGAGAGCACACUGUCAUGUGACAAGACCCCCUUCCAUGCUAACAUGGAGUGCCCUACGUCAAUCAAGAUAAUACUAGAAGGUGGUCCGCAAUUCGAGCUCACCUCGCCGACUAUUGAUCGGAUGUCCCCUGAAGACAGAGUGUUUCAACUCUCUCAGGAUGGACACACACGCACCAUUCCAAUCCCUGAAAUGCAUUUGGAAUACAAGAUUCAAGUCCCUGCGUUUGGAAAAUCCCACAUUAUGGUACGGACUCAAGACGAAGACUCGAUGGUUGUGUACGGAGUGCAAUGUGGAGAAAAUUCUCGGCUAUCAUGUGACCAGAUUGUGAAUCGUGUGAGGGAUAUUUUCGGAGUGGAUGUCUCGGAGAAUUUGACGGCCAACAAUACUCCCGAGAAUAUCGAGAUGCUAAAUGGAGAGCCAGGGUACCCAUGUGGCACUCUCUUCACAUCCGGUCAGAGCUGCUCAAACUCCUCCUCCUCCUACAGCCCCACCACACCCCCACACACACUACCCCCUCGCGUCGUCACACGCCCUGGACGCCUACCUCUAACGAUGAGCAACCUCAAAUCAACCCUCAUCACCCCUCAUCCUGUGAUCACACCCAAUACAAACCUCCCAAGGAACCACGCCAUCGUGGCCUGUAACGGUAGCUUCAACAUGCCAGGGGACCCGCGCAACGGUAAAUUCGAUGAAAGUAUCCAGAGCUAUGAAGAGGGUGAUAUGCAUGCCUACAGAGAGGGGAUGGUCAAAGUGCCCACUCUCAUCCAUCAGACGCUUGGACCCGCCCAGAAAGUGCAGCAAGGGAACGCAGAGGUGACCAAUCAGAUCGGUAUCGUCAAUUUGGAUACACCCGAUCAGAACACAACUUUUCAAGUGUUUGUACCGCCAAAAUUCCAAGUGACGAUUCAAAAUGAUGAUUCUACGCCAUCAAAAUCACCCGCUUCAUACCCAGUCGAAAAUUCAAGUCAGGAGUCAGAUCAGCGACUAUCAGGUCAACCAGAACGUGUCGGCUCUCUUGUUACCUCCACGUUCGAUAAGACAUCACUCGGCAAUCAGCUUGUAGUUGGAAUCGGGAUCGGUCAGACGCGAAGAAAGUUAUCCAUAAGCUCACAAGAACCGCUCUUGAAAAAAGUACCUUUUGGUCGUCAGCUGUCUCUGCCUGGAGAGAAAUUGAACGGACCUUUUGCGCUGCCUCGUAACGCUAGUGAGGAUUGCUUGGAGAAUCUACAAGGGAAGUCAGAACGUGCCAGAUCCUUCAACAACCUCGAGCUGAGAGAGGAGCCAAUAAAUAUUCAGCCUGGCAUUAUAGUUGGACACACCCCCACCACACCCACCAAGCCGCUGGCUGUCGAGAGACAGGAGAGUGUAGCCUCACCGGAACUUGUGGUCAACAUGUUGUUUCAUGACAAAAAUCAGAUCGAAGAUAUGCAACACCAGCACGUAUUGAACGGACUACUACCGAAGAUCACAGAGAAACAGUCCGGAGACGCUGACGCUUCAGACGUCCUUGAUGAUCAAUGUGAGGUCCCCCCCAGUGACGUUGCUCCCUCCCCAAUCGAGGACAGCCCCAUGAUGUUGGACAAAUCUUCUGGCGACCUGAUGCAGCAACAAGUGCACUUCCUUGAGCACGCCAUGAAUGGAUAUUGCUGUACUGAGGACCUAUGUCGAACGAUUGAUCAUGACAGUCCUGAGUUUUCACAAGCCCUGGACCAGAUGAGAAGCAUUGUGGAGCACGCCAAAAUGGGUAGCCUUGACGACAAUCUCAACGGAAUCAUCCGAGAGCAUUGUCGUCAAUGCAGGGACAAAGAGUGCAAGGUCCCCCACAUCAUGGCCGGGUGCCCACCCGGCAACAGCAAGACGUAUUCCAGCGACCAGACGUACUCCAGCAACCAGACGUACCCCCCCCAGUACCCCACUCUCUCUUCCCGUCCGCCGUGUCAAGAGGGAUCUCCUGUACAAUUCGACCAACAAGCCAACCUGUCCACUGACUCAGAGGUGCAAAGGCAUUAUAAGCACAACGGCCCCCCAGGUCCUGUUGCACAACCCUCAGAUGAUCUCACUGAUAACGUACAGUUUCCACCCGGUCAAGAUCAGACAGCACCAUUUUCUCCACAGUUGCCACGACAAUCGUAUGUCCACCCCCACCAAAUAGUACCACAUGGUCCAUUCUACCUGACCUCUCCUUCGAUGCGCAAGCAGUUCCCUCACGGCUUUCAGCAGACACCUGACUGCCAGAGUCCCAUGGGCAGUGAAGGGUUCCAAAUGCCAGAAGCUGCUCCAGUAAGGGGUCAACAGUACCAGGAGUCACAACUCGGAGCCGAGACGUACCUACAGCAGGUGUCAGACAAAGGCAAGGGAGACCUGAGGAAACCGGUGGAGAGGAGACAGUACCAAUACAUCGAACCAUCACGAAGUGGGGGCAGUCUCCGUAAGCUGUACGGAGGCUCUGAUCAAAAACUGAACAUUGCCAGGGCUGGCGAGUUUCCUAGCUACAGUACAUUGCCUAGGAAAGCAGGGACCGUUAUCUAUAGCUCUGAGCGGAGUGAGCUUAUGCCAGGAGAUAUCUACCCCUGUCCUCACAACGUGGCCCACGUACCAGACAGAGACCGACUUGGUAAGGGAGGCAAUGGGACCGUGGUCAAGUUCUCUCUGGGGGGCAAGGAGUACGCACUCAAACAGACUAAAUAUCGUGAGAACGAGCUCAACAUCUGGUCUACACUCAACCACCCAAACAUCCUCCCACUACUGGGCGUAAUGUUGGGGGAGCCAACUACUCGAGAUUGUUUCCAGUUCAUGCCCAAAAUGACGAGUGACCUUCGCUCAAUGAUGAUCAAUCACGGUGACCUCGCCACCCUGUUACAGAAACACCCUGAGCAGUGGGAGGUUGUCAUGAGCAACGUGGUAUACAUUCUCCAGGAGGUUCUCAAGGGGUUAGUCUACUUGGACAGCGAAAACAUCCAACACAGUGACAUCAAAGCUCAAAACAUCCUGAUCUUGAAAAAGUGUGCCUGCCCCGACAUAUUGCACUGCGAGUGUUCUGGAGAGAGCAAGUAUGAAGUCAAACUUGCUGACUUUGACUCCCUCAAGAGGACGGCCUUCAAACGAAAUACUGCUCAGUUUGUGGAGAUAUGCCUGGACAAGAUGAUGAACGACUGCGACAGGAGCACUGUCAAAGGAACACCAGCCUAUAGAGCGCCCGAGCAAUUCUUGAUGACGACUAUCCGUGAUGAGUACAAGAAGACACUACAAGACGGCAAAGUGUUUCACGAUAUGGAGGGGCCGUGGUGCGACAUCUGGAGUCUGGGAGUAAUCAUACUGCAGAUGAUUCUUGGCAAUCACAACAAGGAACCAUACAUCAGUGAGGCUAGUAUCCUGGUCAGCCACAAGGCUAGCAAGAUGAAUCCUCGUAUUGAAGGAUCAGUGGCCACCAUUCGGCUAGUACGACUACUAAACCUCUCUCACACUCACCCCGAGCUGAAGCCUCUCGCUCAACUGGCAACAGAGUGUCUCGAGAUCGACUGCCGAAGGAGAGCAACGGCUAAAGGGUUGCUGGCGACACUACAGCAUACCAUGGACCUCACAGCUGUUGAAAAGCUGAAGUAAAAAGAACUCUGCACAGCAAAAACAGAAACUGCAUGUUUUAUACGUUCGUAUUAAUUUGUAUUUAGUUACCCUCAACUGCAACAGUUAGCCCUUCGGUACAGCACAAUAUAAUUUUGUAUAUAACUCUUAUGAAUGUCAUAUAUAUAGUAUACGUAUGUUAUAA